GUUGGAGUCUGCUGCAGACUGCAGGGAGUCGCGCCAGUUGACAGCUUGUUACCUAGAUUUACUUCCUCGUAAAUUGGAUUGUUGCAUUCCGACAGAGUAUACUGUUAAAACGUGGCUCAAAAAUCACAAUAAGUGGACAGCACACGUUUGUCUACAGUUUAGCAUUACUGCUGUUGUAGCUUUGGUGUGUUGGCGUUUCGUUACUUCCUGACCUGAAACUUUACAAGGCAACAAGGCCAUCAAAAAUAUAAUGCUCACAAAGAAAACAUGCAGAUUCGUGUCUGUGACUUGUGUUUGAUGAUUCGGACUGUGCCACGCAACCAUAUUUGUUCUGGUCUGCUGCUGAUCUGACAUGAUAUAAUAUGAAUAAAUGUCCACAAGAUUCUUGAAGAGGUAACCAAAGUGUGGAAGCUGUAUCUCGGCGUGGAGUGAAGGAUUUAUGAAACACAGCGAUGUCUAUAGGGUCAGCGGGGCCAGAUCGAAAGGAAAACGGUGUGACACGCAGCUUACCCUAAAGAGCUACACUCUGACCUCUUCGAGAUGCUGGAACGUCUGCAAGGUACACGCAUCGACGACCAGCGAUGCGACAUGGCCUCGUUCUACAAGGGUCCGGACUUCAUGGACUCCCUUCUCCUGCUGCAGUCGAGACGUUAUGAGGACCAGCGUUGUAGCCUCCCGUCUCCGACACUGCCAUUUCAGUCACCCGCCCCGACAGUCAACGAAGACCAGCGACGGAACAUCCAGAAGAUUCUCCAGUCCGAGGGCCCCUACCCGAUGGUGGUGCUGCCACAAACGGGAGGCUACUGGAUGGAGAGCAGUGACGGGUUCAUAACUCUGGAGGAUGAUGUCAAUGAGUCAGUUACCUCCCUUCACCCCAGUGCCAGCGAACUCAGCAUCGAUACCGACUUCACUGCUCAGUGCUACCGUUGCGAGUUCUAUGGAAAGGAACACUUCAACUACUACGCCAUGGACGACAACUUGGGUCCCGUGGUGAUGUCAGUGAAGGCCGAGUCGUCUCCCCCUGACUCCAUCAACGCCGUGGUCCGCACACGCUUCUGCACCAGGCAGGAGAUUAUUCCCGCCAACGCCAUACAGGUGCCAAACCCAGCCAAAAUCGCCAAGUAUAUAUGUGACGACGUCACAGUGUCUGCAGACAGGUUCCAGCCAGUCCUCUCACUCAAGGGCUCUGAGCUGGUUAUGUCAUAUGACGAGCACGUUCUCACUCACAACUUCAAGUUUGGCGUCAUUUAUCAGAAGAAAGGACAGACAAGCGAGGAAGAGCUGUUUGCCAACAAGACCCACAGUCCUGCCAUGGACACCUUCUUGGAAACCCUCGGCACACGAGUGCAGCUCAAAGACUUCAAGGGGUUCCGCGGAGGGCUGGACACAACUCACUGUCAGACAGGAGCAGAGUCGGUGUACACAACCUACAAUGGAAAAGAAAUCAUGUUCCAUGUGUCAACGAUGCUACCAUACACAGAGGGAGAUCCUCAACAGUUACAACGGAAACGUCACAUCGGCAACGAUAUCGUGGCCAUCGUAUUUCAAGAGGAGAACACUCCAUUUGUUCCGGACAUGAUCGCCUCUCACUUCCUGCACUGCUUCAUCGUGGUGCAGCCUGUGCAUAAACGCGGGGAGUCGCCGAGAUACAAGAUCUCUGUUGCAGCGAGAAAAGACGUGCCUCGGUUCUAUCCCUUGCUGCCCCAGGGUGCUGAAUUUGUCAGUGGAGAAGAGUUUCGGGAAUUUCUUCUCACCAAACUGAUCAACGCUGAGUUUGCCUGUUACAAAGCUGACCAGUUCGCCAAAUUAGGGCACCGGACGCGAGCCUCUCUCCUGGAGUCUCUGUACCACGACCUCCAAAAGAGGAACCUGGAGCUGUUUGGCCUGAGCUCUGUGGCCAGCAGCAAGCAAGAAGGGAGUCGCCUCAUCGACUCAGUCAAGAGGGCCUUCAGUGGGAAGGGGCGCAGUCCCAGCUUAGAGUGCAACAGUUUACAGGUUUCGAAAAAGAACGGUAUCCAGGGGUCUCUGGCGACAGUCGGAGAGGAUGAGAAGGGAGUGAACUCCCCCGUCAGAAAGUCUCCCUCUACGCCACGGAAUCUUGUGCGGCAAAUGUCUUCCAGUGUGGAAAAAACCAGCAAGUCAAAUCGUGAUAGCAAGGGCAACCUGCGCAUAGAGAGCAGCCACAGCAUGCUGGGGUACCCAACCUGUGCCAGUCCUCCGCCCAGCCCGCAGUCCAGCCCUAGCAGCGUCUCCUCCACAACCAGAAUGAACCAGCUCAUCCACAUAUCCCGGUCGAACUCGGAGAGCAGUUUCAACAGCAUGGAGGAAUAUCCUCCCAACAUGGCUUCCGGAAACAACAACAUCAACAACAACAACAACAGCGGCAACAACAACAACAACAACAAUUUUAACUCCAGCAAUGUGACGGCGGGUGUGGGCAGCAAUACUCUCAAGUUGACCAACCAAGAUGAUUCAGAUACUGGCAUGGAGAGCAUAUCGU